GGCGUCCGCGGGCCGUGGGGGAUGGGGGCGGCGAGUUCCAGCCCUCGGCGGCGGCGGGGGCGGCGGCGGCGGCGGCGGCGGCCGUGAGCAUCGGGCGGGCGUCCGCGUCCGGGACGCGGGAUGGAGCGCCGCGGAUUUCCAUCUUUUUGACUGUCAUGUGAAAGGAUGAUUGCUCACAAACAGAAAAAGGCAAAGAAAAAACGUGUUUUGUCAACAGGCCAGCUCUCUGCUGAGGUUACAACUUCUGAAAUGGGGCUCAAGUCCAUAAAUUCCAACUCCAUUUUGGAUCCUGAUUACAUCAAGGAGUUGGUGAAUGAUAUCAGGAAGUUCUCCCAUAUGUUACUAUAUUUGAAAGAAGCUAUUCUUUCAGACUGUUUUAAAGAAGUCAUUCAUAUACGUUUGGAAGAACUUCUUCAUGUUUUAAAGUCUGUAAUGAAUAAACAUCAGAACCUCAAUUCUGUUGAUCUUCAGAAUGCUGCAGAAAUGCUUGCUGCAAAAGUGAAAGGCUUUUCAGUUUCUGAAUCUUCUAAUGCUUCUAGAAGUAAUGCUGUGAACUUCACAGAAGUAAAUGAAGAAAACAAAAAUGAUCUCUUCAGAGAAGUGUUUUCUUCCAUUGAAAACUUGGCCUUUACCUUUGGAAAUAUCCUGACAAACUUCCUUAUGGGAGAUGUAGGCAGUGAUUCAUUAUUGCGACUCCCUGUUUCUCGGGAAAGUAAGUCUUUUGAAAAUGUUUCUGUGGAAUCAGUGGACUCAUCCAAUGAAAAAGGAAGUUUUUCUCCUAUAGAGUUAGACAGCAUGCUGUUAAAGAACACUAACUCUAUAGAAUUGGCGUUGUCAUAUGCUAAAACAUGGUUAAAAUAUACCAAGAACAUAGUUUCAUGGGUUGAAAAGAAACUGAACUUGGAAUUGGAGUCCACUAGAAAUAUUGUAAAGUUGUCAGAGGCAACUAGAACUAACAUUGGACUACAGGAGUUUAUGCCACUGCAGUCUUUAUUUACCAGUGCUCUUCUUAAUGAUAUAGAGAGUAGUCACCUUUUACAACAAACAAUUGCAGCUCUCCAAGCCAACAAAUUUGUGCAGCUUUUUUUCUCUCUCUCUUUUUUAUUUAAAUACUCUUGGCAGCCUCUACUUGGGAGGAAAAAUGAAAUGGAAAAACAAAGGAAAGAAAUAAAAGAACUUUGGAAACAGGAACAAAGUAAAAUGCUUGAAACAGAGACUGCUCUUAAAAAGGCAAAAUUGUUGUGCAUGCAACGUCAAGAUGAAUAUGAAAAAGCAAAAUCUUCCAUGUUUCGUGCAGAAGAGGAGCAUCUGUGUUCAAGUAGUGGAUUAGUAAAAAAUCUUAACAAGCAGCUAGAAAAAAAGCGAAGGCUGGAAGAGGAGGCCCUUCAAAAAGUAGAAGAAGCAAAUGAACUCUACAAAGUUUGUGUGACAAAUGUUGAAGAAAGACGAAAUGAUCUAGAAAAUACCAAAAGAGAAAUUUUAACACAACUCCGAAAACUUGUUUUCCAGUGCGAUCUUACCCUUAAAGCUGUAACAGUUAACCUCUUCCAGAUGCAACACCUGCAGGCUGCCUCCCUUGCAAACAAUUUACAGUCUCUCUGUGAUAAUGCCAAACUCUAUGACCCGGGCCAAGAGUACAGUGAGUUUGUCAGGGCCACGAAUUCAACUGAAGAAGAAAAAGUUGAUGGGAAUGUAAAUAAACAAUUAACAAAUAGUCCUCGCACUUCCGGAUAUGGACCUUCUGACUCUUUAGAGGAUGUUGUACGCCUUCCUGACAACUCUAAUAAGAUUGAAGAGGACAGAUGCUCUAACAAUGCAGACAUAACAGGUCCUUCUUUUAUAAGGUCAUGGACAUUUGGGAUGUUUAGUGAUUCUGAGAGCACUGGAGGAAGCAGUGAAUCUAGAUCUCUGGAUUCUGAAUCUAUAAGUCCAGGAGACUUUCAUCGAAAACUUCCACGAACUCCAUCCAGUGGAACCAUGUCUUCUGCAGAUGAUCUGGAUGAAAGAGAGCCACCUUCUCCUUCAGAAGCUGGACCCAAUUCCCUUGGAGCAUUUAAGAAAACAUUGAUGUCAAAGGCGGCUCUCACUCACAAGUUUCGCAAACUGAGAUCCCCCACGAAGUGCAGGGAUUGUGAAGGCAUUGUGGUAUUCCAGGGUGUUGAAUGUGAAGAGUGUCUCCUUGUUUGUCACCGAAAGUGUUUGGAAAAUUUAGUCAUCAUUUGUGGUCAUCAGAAACUUCUGGGGAAAAUACACGUAUUUGGAGCAGAAUUCACACAAGUUGCAAAAAAGGAACCAGAUGGCAUCCCUUUUGUACUCAAAAUAUGUGCCUCGGAGAUUGAAAAUAGAGCUUUGUGUCUACAGGGAAUUUAUCGUGUAUGUGGAAACAAAAUAAAAACUGAAAAACUGUGUCAAGCCUUGGAAAAUGGAAUGCACUUAGUAGACAUUUCAGAAUUUAGUUCACAUGACAUCUGUGACGUCUUGAAAUUAUACCUUCGACAGCUCCCAGAACCGUUUAUUUUAUUCCGAUUAUACAAGGAAUUUAUAGACCUUGCAAUAGAGAUCCAACACGUAAAUGAAGAACAGGAGACGAAAAAGGAUAAUCCUGAGGAUAAAAAAAGUCCGAGUACGUGUAUAGAAAUAAACCGAAUUCUUCUAAAAAGCAAGGACCUUCUAAGACAAUUGCCAGCAUCAAAUUUUAACAGCCUCCAUUACCUCAUAGUUCAUCUUAAGCGAGUUGUGGAUCAUGCAGAAGAAAACAAAAUGAACUCCAGAAACUUGGGGGUGAUAUUUGGACCAAGUCUCAUUAGGCCAAGGCCCACAACUGCUCCCAUCACCAUCUCCUCUCUUGCUGACUAUUCAAAUCAAGCGCGGUUGGUGGAGUUCCUCAUUACCUACUCACAGAAGAUCUUCGAUGGGUCCCUACGGCCACAAGAUGUAGCUUUGUGUAGUGCAGGAGGUGGUGCACCUCAGGUUGACCAAGGCUAUCUUCCGAAGCCUCUGUUAUCACCAGAAGAAAGAGAUCCAGAACAUUCUGUGAAGUCACUGUUUUUCUCUUCAAAGGAAGAUAUCCACACUGCAGAUAGUGAAAGCAAAAGUUUUGAAUCCACUGCAUCAUUUGAGGAAUCAGAACGGAAGCAAAAUGCAUUAGAAAAAUGUGAUGCAUGUCUCAUUGACAACAAAAUGCGUUUGCUUGUAGACCAAGAGCUUGAAUCAGCAUCACAAAAGAUGGAAGAUGUUUGUAAAACCUCCAAAUUGCCUACUCUGAAGUCCAGUAGGGAAACAAAUGGUGUUGAGAGGCAUACUCCAAGGACCAAGAUUAGACCUGUAAGUUUGCCUAUAGACAAAAUACUACUUCUUGCAAGCUCUCCAAAUGAGAGAAAUGGCAGAAAUAUGGGAAAUGUAAAUUCAGACAAGUUUUGCAAGAAUCCUACCUUUGAAGGAGCUAAUCGAAAAGACACCCCAGCUAUUGUUUGUUCCAAAUUUGAUGGCUUUGAUCAGCAAACUCUACAAAAAACUCGGGAGAAACAGUAUGAACAAAAUAACCUAACUGCAAAGACUGCAGUGAUUGUGCCCAAUGCAUUCCGGGAAGGAGAAGCAUCAGCGAGCAUCAGGAGCAGUGGGGACCACCCAGUCAGCACCACCCAGCCCAGUAAGCCAUACACAGAACCCAUCAGGUCAGCAAAACAGGUGUCAGAGAGACGGUCCUCUGACUCCUGCCCUCCUGCUUCUGUCAGAGCACCCAGGACACUGCAGCCCCAGCACUGGACAACGUUUUAUAAACCACCUGGUCCUGCUGCUAGUGGGAGAGGGGAUGAGGAGAAAUCUGUGACAUCCUCUGCAGCCGUGCCCCCUUGCACAACUCAUGCUUCCCAGGAGUGUCUGCUGAAAUCAAUUCCAGGUUCUGAAAAUGCAUCAGCUGGUCCCGUGCAGCCGGCUAGUAAGCCUAAAGAGAAGGCUGAAGAGCAUGACUUGCCUGGUGUGCCUCCAGCGUGUCAGAGACCAAGGCUAAAACGAAUGCAACAGUUUGAAGACCUUGAAGAUGAAAUCCCACAGUUUGUGUAGGGUUGUCAGAAUCCAGUUUUUCUUUUUUUGUUGUUGUUUUGUUUUGUGGUAUUGUAUUUGUUUUCUGAAAGAAAUUUUUGACAGGGCCUCUCUUGUAUAAGAUUGCCAGAUCAUGGAUUUUGCUUUUUGUCGUCGUAUUGUGUUAUCCUGUGUUGGUUACAUUGAAUGGCAAAAUGUUUUGAUAGGGCCCCAUCUGUGCCUCACUGGAAUUAUAUGUAUUUUUGAAGUUGUUAAUAAAUAGACUCAUUUUU